AUGGUCAAGUGGGCCGUGGAAUUGGGGAAAUAUGACGUAGAGUAUGAGCCAAGAAUGGCUAUCAAGGCACAAGCUCUGGCAGACUUUAUCCAGGAGACUACUCGCCGCCCUGUGCAGGAGUUCUGGAUUGCUUUUGUGGAUGGGUCAGUCACCAAAGAAGGGUGCAGAAUUGGAGUAUACAUCGUUUCUCCAAGCUCGGGCAUAUAUCAAUUCGCCAUCAAAUUCACUUGCAGGAUGUCCAACAAUGAGGCCGAGUUUGAGGUCGUGGUCAGAGGAGCGCAUAUCUUGUCGGAAUUACGGGCUGAAUGUGUUAUAAUCAGAACCGACUCCCAGUUGGUGGCUCAACAGUUCUCAGGAAGUUAUCACAUCAAAGACUACAAGAUGAAAGCAUAUCAUUGCAAGAUCAAUGAAAUGAAGCAAAAGUUCAUGGAAUUCAAAAUCGAGCAGAUUUCCAGAGAAGAGAAUACGAAGGUGGACUUACUGGCGCGGAUGACCAGUGCAGUAGAACAGACGUGGAAUAAUGAGAUCACGCUGCUCUGUGAUACCAGAGACAUGGGGACUUCACAGGUCUUUUCUGUAGAAAUCCAGGAUGAUUGGCGAGCCCCAAUUAUACACUUUCUCAAAACAGGGGAACGGUUGAGCAAAGAAUCCAAUCAGAGGGCUCGAUACGAGAAUUAUUGCUUGAUCAAUGAUCAACUGUACAAGCGAUCUUUUACCCAGCCCUUAUUAAAAUGCUUAUCGCCUGAAGAAGCUAACUUGGCUUUAAAUGAAAUUCAUGCAGGUUGUUGUGGUGGGCAUACGGGAUUCAGGGAUCUCGUACGAAAAAUAAUCCGUGCAGGAUUUUAUUGGCCUAACGUCAACAAGGACGUCAGGGAAUUCGUCCGCAAAUGCGAAGCUUGCCAGAGACAUGCGGGGAAAAUCAAUGUCCCAGGGGAAACCAUGGGAAUCAUGUAUGCUGCAUGCCCAUUCGACAAGUGGGGCAUAGACAUUGUUGGGAAACUGCCCACGGCACCAGGGGGCAAAUGCUUUCUCAUCGUGGCGGUGGACUACUUCUCCAAAUGGGUCGAAGCUGAAGCGGUUGCGAAGAUCGACGAAGUAACAGUGGAAUGA